GACAUCUUUGUCACCAGCUUUGGACCUGUUUCAGAUGUUGAGAUGGAAUACACCAUGGAUGUGUUCUUUCGUCAGACGUGGAUUGACGAACGACUAAAAUUUGAGGGCCCCAUUGAGAUCCUGCGGCUCAACAACUUGAUGGUCAGCAAGAUCUGGACACCGGACACAUUUUUCCGCAAUGGCAAGAGGUCGAUCUCUCACAACAUGACUACCCCCAACAAGCUGUUCCGCAUCAUGCAGAACGGAACUAUCCUCUACACCAUGAGAUUAACUAUAAAUGCAGAGUGCCCCAUGCGUCUGAUGAACUUCCCCAUGGACGGCCAUGCCUGCCCACUUAAGUUUGGGAGUUAUGCUUACCCCAUCAGUGAAAUUGUGUACACAUGGAAGAAAGGUCCUCUGUCGUCUGUUGAAGUGCCACAAGAAUCAUCCAGUUUGCUGCAGUAUGACCUUAUUGGUCAGACAGUUUCCAGUGAGAGACUAAAAUCCAAUACAGGUGAAUAUGUCAUUAUGACCGUUCAUUUUCACCUGCAAAGGAAAAUGGGCUUCUUCUUGAUUCAGACUUACAUUCCCUGUAUCAUGACUGUCAUCCUGGCCCAAGUCUCAUUCUGGAUUAAUAAGGAAUCAGUUCCAGCUCGGACUGUGUUCGGUAUCACCACUGUCUUGACGAUGACAACACUCAGCAUCAGUGCCCGCCACUCACUCCCUAAAGUCUCCUAUGCCACAGCCAUGGAUUGGUUCAUUGCUGUUUGCUUUGCCUUUGUCUUCUCCGCCCUGAUUGAGUUUGCCGCCGUCAACUACUUCUCCACCUUACAGGCCAACAGGGAGCACCGGAAAGCAGCGGCCAUGAAGGCAGCAGCUCAGGAGGCAGCAACUGCGGCCGCUGCUCCCGCUGUGGCCGCAGGGAAUGACGUAGAGGUGUCCUCAGUGGAUGCCAGUAGUGUGCUUAAGAAGAGGAUGAACUCCACCCCGAUGUUUGAGCGUCCUGCCAAGACAUUUCCCAACCCACCGGUCAAUGCCCAAGCAUUCCUCCAGCAAGGUUCGGCUGUACCAGCCAACAAUGUUCUGACUGGCACCAGCAUCAUCGACAAAUACUCACGCAUCCUUUUCCCCCUUUCGUUUGGCGCCUUCAACCUGGUCUACUGGAUUGUCUAUCUUACCAAGGACACAAUGGAGAUGUCCAGAGAUACCAUCUAGGCCUAGUGUUUGUUCUUCUGGAUGGCACACACACACUUACAUGCAUACAUUUACAUUUAUAUGUAUCAGCCACAACCUUAAAACCAGCGACCGUUGAAGUGAACAACAUUGAUCAGUUCAUUUAAAUGCAGCACUCUUCUGGGAAACCUUGGGCUCUGACAUUCAUAUGGAUUUUACUUUGACUUGAACUGCUUACCUAACCUUUGUUCCCGACUAAGCACACCCCACCAUUGCAACAACAUUCCCCAACAACUGCAACCUUCCCAAGCUGUAUAAUUUACCCCCAUGAUAUAAAAACUCCUCAGGAAUGUGUGAAGAACACAACAAAGACAAAAGUUCCCAGAUACUUAUCUGAUGAUGAAUCAGUGGAAUUCUCCAGAAUGAGCCACAAAUUCACAGGAGAUACACUCUACAGAAGCCAGGCACCAGAGGACACCCAGCCUCAGACACCCCAUGUCCAUAUCUGGACAGGUUAGAUUUGCUUUUGCAGAUCAAGUGGAACCCAGUGCUAGGCAAUUAGAUUUAUUGUUAUGGCUAAUCUGAUAUAAAUUUAAGAGGCACAAACAAAAAGUUCCACUUCUCCAUAAAAAAGCAAAACCCAGUUAAGUAAGUUAUUAAGUUCUUUUGAUGUCUUGCACUACUUACAAUGCUCCUACUCCAUUUAUCAUAUCAAGUAGCCAACUCAUGUAGGUAAGUAAUAAUGGUGGUAAGUGACAAAAAACUGCUAUGUACACAUUGCAACACAAGCCAGAUUAUUUGUGCCAAAUGCUUCCCCUUAAACACUUCAGGAUGUAAGCGAAAAGUCUGAACCUGGAGUUACACAGUACAUGAAACAAAAGAUAACCAUGACUCUGGUCAUGCUCCUGACCUGAUGUACCACCUAUUUGGACAUUAUAUUCCCUUCUACUACUGACUGCUGCUUAGUCGCUUGGCUCUAUCUGACCCAUCUCUAAUCAUUGUUAUUUACAUUUUGAAGAGAUCUAGUUCCUUAAUCCAGAAAGAAUACCACAGGAGAUUCAGAUAUUAAUUGUAGGAUAUGUUUACCUGGCUGCAGAACUAGGGCAGCCACACAUCUAUAAGUUAUAAAAGUUAUAAGUUAUUUUUGAACUGCCAAAAAUAUUAUGCUUAUCCAUUUAUUCAGAUAAAAUAUUUUCUAAUUUAAUAUCAGCUCACUGACUUUUAUAUGGCUGCAAAUACAAGUAAACAUAGUAAAUAGAUAGGAAGUAAACAUAGUAUAGAAAGACUCCAGAUAAAGGCUUCAAGGCUACCUGUACAAUUUCUUCUUUAUCUUGCAAAUCACAAUCGCUAACAUUAACCCAUUGAACCCUUCCUAAUAGCAAAGCAGAUAUAAUCUAAAAAUAUAAUAUAGAGUAAGUUUGCCACUAAACUUCGUCUAUAAGUUACACGACAAAAGCAAAAAUAUAUUUAAAAAAAACAAACAAACAAAAAAAGCAGGUUGCCGGAUUCUAGUGCUGUAGAAGAUAGAACAUUUAUGGGGAGAUUCACCACAUAGAGCAAUCUGAUCACUUAAUAAACUGGAUUUUCACACAAAGAAAAAAAAUACUUGCCAAGCUCUCUUUUUGCCACCUCAGUGCAUUGUAUUUCAUUUUAUCUUGUUGCAUGGAAAGCAAGUGUUUUGAGAGCAGAUGUACCUGAUCCUUUUGCCAACUUGACCAGGCAACUCAAAGCCAUAUGAGCUCCAGAGCCCCAUGCUCUGGUAUAAUUUAAAACAGAAACUACAUCUCUCUACCACUCUUUUUCAUUCAUUUCAAAUCUCUGAGAUAUAAAAAAAAAUUACCCAUUAGUAAUAGCUGAGGUAGGACCUACUUUGGGAGAGCAAGAGCUAAAGCAUCCACAAAGAUCCACUUUGUUGUAUGUAUUGAUUUUCUGUGUGCAUGCAAUUCACAUGCAGUUCCAGACAUCAGAAUGAUAUUGCAUCUGUGGUUGAAAUGACACAUUUCCUGCUUCAAUAUUUAGAACACACGUAAGGGAAUAAGUGUACUUGUCCUGAUACUGCAUCCAUUGUGACUGAGUGGCUGAAUUGCAGGAACUCUCUCACUGCCAGCUCUACUUUCCACUAUUCAUUUUUUCCCUUCCAACACUCUAUUUUUUGGUUCAUUGGCUUAAUUUCCCUCUGCUGGAGUAUAGAGGAUGUGAAGAAAAACCUUCAAAGGGUUUAGAUGGUGUGUUCCACAGAUUCAUUGGCUGCACUGAAUAUUUAGUGUCACAUGCAGAUGCAGAUGGAAAAAACGUGUGCAUACAGUUACUAGAGGGUUAAAAACAUCCACGCAUACCACUUAUUUACACUUUAUGUUUGUUACGAUUUGGGGUCAAAUUAUAUAUCCUAGAAGUAUAUAUAUAUAUAUAUAUAUAUAUAUAUAAAAUGAGAAAAUUACACUUUGUUUGAGCCACAUUUUUGGACUAAAAUAUUGACAUUACUUGCAACCAUUUAAUACAGCGAGGCAUGGCAAUAACCCCCUUUUCACAGAAAAUAUUUAAACCUUUAUAUGCUAAUGUAAGCAUUUUAUUAUUCAAUACUUAUUUUUUCUCCUUUUUUUCAUAAUUUUAAUUGGAGUUAAAUGAUUCCUGCAUUGGUUCCCAAUAAUUUGUCAAGAUGACAGCCAUUGCUCUAGUUUUUCAUUAAAAAGCAGCAGAAAUAGAAAAUUAAACCUAUCAUCACCAAUUAUACAAAAUGCCAAGACAUAUUCAUUAAUAAUCCACUUAUGCGGAUUAGCAUAUGAUUAUGCAGUGUUUCCAAUUAAGUACAAAGGGUAACAUGUUCAAGAUAUGUGGUGUCUACAUCUAAACCAGUGUGUUUACUGCCUCAUUGCAUGCAUCAUGCACGAAGGGUGUUUUGAUUUAAAGUGCUUUUAUUGACAAAGACACAAAAAAUAAUAUUAUUUAAUAUUUGAUAGUAUUAAUAAUUAUUAUUCAUAUUAAAUAAAAAAAAACACCUGACUACAGCACCAAAAGAUUGUAUGAAGUCUGAAGUCUGUGUCUGUUGAGUGGCUGUUUGAUAUUGAUGAAACAUAAACAAACUUUAUGGUGGAGAAGUUUUUCCCCAUCUUCUUGUUCAGUUUUGAAUAUUCAGUUUGAAACAAGAAAUAACAUCAUGUUUAAUAGUAUUCAAUCAUUUUAUGUAAUUAUUGUAUCUUAUAUGAACAUUUGUGAAAACACAGAUAUAAUCAGUAAUGCAAAGGUCAAAUGAAGACAAUAUGCAAUGCAACAAAAAAUGCAAUAAUAAAUCAGUUUGAACUCUAAGGUUCAGAUCAAUUUCAUAGAAAAUGUUGGUAGGAUGCAAAUGUUUUCUUUUUUUUUUCUAAAUUAGCAUUUUAAAUCUGUUAAUAAUAAUAAUAAUAAUAAUAAUAAUAAUAAUAAUAAUAAUAAUAAUAAUAAUAAUAAUAAUAAUAAUACAUUAAUAGAAGGGUCUUUGAAUAUUGCCAAGGAUUAUACAUAGCUGUUUUGUAUGCCAUCACUGCAUGGUAUGAUCACAGUUGCCAUUAGGUUAGCCACUUUAUUAGGGUUAAGCAAAGACGUGUUCUGCUUGUUCUGUUUUAAUAAGUUUGUAGAUCUGUGAAAGAUAGAAUGUCUUGUAUCCUACAUGAAAAAUCUGAUGUUCUAGGUAAAUUGUGUUUGAGAUCCUUGUUCAGUUGACACUGAGAUAAAGUGUAUUGUGAUCUACGAUCUUUGUAAACUGAUUUUCAAAGAUUUGCUCAUUUUAAAACCUGUUGUGCAUUUUUUUUUCACAUGUAAAUUAGAAGACUAAAGUAACAAUAAUGGCAGUCUCUAUAAACUGUCCUUGUAUCUUCCUUCUUUCCCUACUUUAUUCAUCACCCUCUUCCCCUCUGUCUAUGAGGCAGAGGCUGAAGAGAUGGGACGUUUCAACCCUUAAUGCCCUGUAUGUCAGGCUGUGUUGUGGAACUGCCAGUGAAAUCAGACUGCCAGAGAACUAUUGGUGCAACCCCAAUGGAGCCUCGGAGCACUGACUUUGUUCCACCUCCAGCAGUGACUGGGCAUUUUCUCUGCAGAACAAUAUUCAGUCAAAUAAUCAGUUUAAACAGUGCUGAGAAACUUUUUUUCUAUACGACUGAACUUGUAUGCAUUUACCCAAAGCCUAGUUGCAAGAAUCACAUAUGCAUGAACUCUGACCCUUUAUGUGUAUGUUAGGGUUGUUGAAUGUAGAAGAUAACGGACUCUAUAUAAAAUAGAAUUCUAUUGUUCUGGUGACUUUGGCCACAAAUUGGCCUUUGCAGUUUUUAUUUUUAUUUUUUUGGUCAUUCCACAGACAUGGCUUAUUGAUUCUUUAUCGAAUAAUGUUUUGUUCUGUUUUUCUUAUUUGCCUAGAAGUUUUUACCACACCUUAGAAGACAGUGAAUGCCAUAUACUGUUAUAUUAUGUGUAUAUUUUGUGAAUAUAAUGAGAUAUUUAUGUAUGUACUCCUAUUGUAUGGCUCUGCUUGAUGAUCAUCUCCACAUCUUCACAAUAUUAGCCAUUUGUACCUGUCUGAAUGACUACAGCUUUUUACAUUUUAUGAAUUUAGUUGAUCCCUUUUUGCUCCUUUAUACACUGUUACCAAGUAAGGCUUGCUUUUUGUUUGUGUUUAUUUAUUAAUUUAUUUUCAAAAGAUAAUAUGUGCAUAUGUCCAUGUUUUGUCAAUAAAUGACCCCUGCUCAUUUUCAUAUAUAUAUGCAUUGAAACAUGCAUUUAUAUAUACAUUGAGCCAUCACUCAAAGUGCAGACUGAAAAAAGAAAUCAGAACAACAAUGAGAUGAGAGUACAUAUUUGCACUAUUUCUCCUUAUAAAACCUUAUCAAACUCUGAGCUCACGCUACAGCAUCUCAGUUGGGUUGAGGACUCAUUUCAUUGUUUUCCAAACAUUCUGCUUUAAUUUGCAUCAGGUAAUUUUAAUAUUGCAACACCCAACCUUUAGAUCAUACACUAUUGCUCUGAUUUUUUUCCUGUAACAUUUCGUUUAAGAGUUUCAAACUCACUGUUCCGUCAGUGAUUACGGAAUAACCCGGGCUUAAAAAUAGGAAAAGAGUCUCAAACAGCGAUGCUCCAUUUUAGUAUUGGCGUGCGGUGCCUAUUCCCUCUAACAAAAUGCUGUGCAAGUUAUCUAGAUUUCUUCUAUUUUUCACGUCUUUUAUGAUGCAUGUUAUACUCCCAGUGUGCUCUUUUGAGGGAAGCGCCUGAAUUUCCUGUUUGUAGACAGUUUUGGACUGGUGAACACCUCUCUGUAUAAAUGCCUUUCUAGCUUUAUAUCAGGUUCAUACAUCUAUGUAAUACAUCACUUAUGGUCCUAUGAAAGUUGUUUCAAUUCAGGGAUGGUUUAGACCAGCUCCCAAACUUAGCAUGUUUUUAUUUAUAAGGAGAGAAAUCUUUACAAACCUCAUAUAAGAUGGCAUUAACUUAAUUGGAACACCUGACUUCAAGUAGCCUCUGAAGAAGUCAUUAAAAUAGGUUCAUCUACUUUUUUGUUUUAGCCUGCACCGUGAAUGAUUACUCUGUGUGUUUAAUAAAGACACGGCAAAAUUA